CUCGUUCGUCUCCGCCGCAGCCGCUCCCUUCUCCUCGCAUCGGCCUCGACCCCUCCCGCCACCGAUCCAUCGCAGGCGGCGCCAUGUCUCAGAACAACCCCUCCCAGCUCCUCCCCUCAGAGCUGAUCGACCGGUGCAUCGGAUCCAAGAUUUGGGUGAUCAUGAAGGGAGACAAGGAGCUCGUCGGCACCCUCUGCGGGUUCGACGUCUACGUCAACAUGGUCCUCGAGGACGUCACUGAGUACGAGUAUACUGCCGAGGGUCGUCGCAUAACGAAACUUGAUCAAAUCCUCCUUAAUGGCAACAACAUAGCCAUCUUAGUUCCUGGUGGUUCACCGCCAGAUGCUUGAGCUAGAACUUCUGGUGGUUAAUCCUGUUUGAGGCCAAACGUGACGCAGUGAACCCUGAGCCCUGUAUUCUGAAAGCGCUGGAUGUUUUCAUGCUCAAAUGUGCUUUCUUCUGUAUGGAACUUACUGACCUGAAAGAUUGCACCUGCAAUUGCUGCACUUGUAUGACUUGGCAAUGUAUUCUGCACUUGCUAUGGGAGUUUGUAGUUGAUGUUUAACGUAAUCAUUCUGCAAUGUGGUUUUAGUAAUUAAAUUUAGAAUUGUGAAAA